AUGCCGCCCAACAGCGACCCUCGACACCGCGUUUGGAGUGUCCAUCGCCAAAUUCUUGGAUACCAGCUCGUCGAGAAAUACAACCUGUCUGAUCCCCAACUGGGCAUCACCACCAAGGAUGUCGAAACUGUAUUGACCGACAUCAUACGAGGGUUGGCUCAGGGCUGGGACCAGAAGACGUUGCGCAAAGAGCUGACUCCCCCGGUUUGCCUGCCCUUGCACCGUGAUAUCCUCACGGAUCUCAGCAGUUGGGUAUUCGCGACUCAGGGUGUUUUGUCCCACAUUUACCAGCCUAUCUUCACCCCGUCUGCUGCAGAGGCAGGCCUUGGCGCUCUACAGCGGAGUGGCGUCGUCGCUCAGUUGGACGACCAGAACUGGGGCCCUCCCACGUCUCAGAGUUCCUCCCUUCUUCAGCUACCGAACGAGUUGUUCGACAAAGUCCUGAAAUAUCUGCCAGCUGAAGAUGCAAACGACUUGCGCUUGACCUGCAGGGAGUCCCGACAGAAGUCCUUCGACUGCUGGUCCAAGACUUUCUUUGGAGAGCGACAAUUCAUGAUCGAUGCUUACAGCCUUCAAACGCUUCUCGAUAUCUCCCGCCACCCAGUGCUCCGCUCCGUCCUCACCCACCUCAUCAUCGGCGUGGACGAGAUCAAUACAAAGGACACACUAGCCGUCAUCCACCGCUCGUACGAUAGAAACGCAGGUAGAGCUACCGCGAUGUUUCGGUACUGGCGAGACGCUGCAGCUUCCCAAGAAGCGCUGCUACGAACAGGAAGGGCCAUCGAGCUGUUGUCAGAAGCCCUUUCAAACCUUACAGAGCUUCAGGUUGUCAGCGUCACCGGAUCCACGAUCCCGCGCGACGCUCCUGACUACCCGCGCGCGGUUUACUACCCGGAUCUGGGUUUGCACAGCUACGGGGCUACGGCGUACCAGAUGCAGCCCAGGGACGGACAGUAUCUCAAGCCGAAUUCCAAGGGCUUUCCGGACAAGGUCUUCAGCUGCGUCCUGAACUCGGUGGUGCGAUCCUCGCCCCCAAAGCUGGUCGGCCUGCAGACGUACCUGGACAAUCACGGUUUCCUUCCACACUUGAAGGAUGAGGCGUUCUACCUGCCUCCCUUGGUACCUCCCUUCCCGGGGAGGCUCACCUUUCUCGACAGCCUUACCGACCUGCACCUCGAUGUGAACUUGGAGUCGAAGUCAAUGCGCAGGAUCGUGUGGCGUGCCGACCAUCAGCACUCCUACGACCCCUGCAACGCCAGCCUUCGACAGCUCCUGUGUGCUUGUUACAACCUGGAGAACGUCACGUUGAGCGUUUUCAUGACGCCCAAGUUUGUCAAUCAUUGUGACUUCACAGCUUGGCUCGCUGAGACCGACAACACUCAGGGCGACCCCCUGGUGCGCUGGCCCUCCCUGCGCAGGCUCGUGCUCAGGGGAAUGUACAUGUCACCCACCACACUGCGAAAGAUCUUCGUCAAGUUUGAUACCCUGAAGUCGGCCGCACUUGACUGCAUUGUCCUUAGGGAGUGCUUUGAGGACCACCCGAUCGUCCAGGAGGACUCGCAGGAGCCAUUGAAGAACCACUGGGCAACCUUCUUCCGCGAGUCUGGACAUAACGCCCUGCUGUCGAACCUGGAGAGCCUCAAUUUGAAGAACCUGGAGGUCGGGAGAUAUCGGAAGCAUUCCCUUGUGUUUGUGCAGCAGACCGACGAUGAUACCGACGGGGUUGUCUUCGUUCUCCAGGCGCCACAGCCGGGCGACGAGGUCCCAGUCGCACUGGAGGUGACCGACUUCCGCAAGGAGGCGCUGGAGACUGUGGCGGAGCAGACCUGGUUUCUCAGUCAUUGGAAGUUGGCCAGAGACCCCCCGGAGGAUCCUGCAGAGCCAUCGGAGUCAGAGGCGAUUGAGGAUUGA